AUGGAAGGAGGCGGCGGAAGCAGGGCUGGAGCGGCGGCAGAUGUACAUCGUUUCCAUACUAGUCGUGAUUCCAGAGUGGUGACUACUCUUACAUUGUUGAAGACUCAUCUUUUCGGUUACCAAGGACAUGUCUCUACUGCUUUGGUUCUUGGUGGAGUUGAGAUUACUGGUCCACAUUUACACACUAUGAGUUAUAUAAUUUAUCCUCAUGGAUCAACUGAUACUCUUCCAUUUGCCACGAUGGGUUCUGGUUCACUUGCUGAUAUGGAAAUAUUUGAAUCGAAAUAUCGUGAAGGUCUUAUUAAGGAGGUAGGGGUUAAGUUGGUAACUGAGGCUAUUUGCUCUGGUAUAUUCAAUGACUUGGGAAGUGGAAGAAAUGUUGAUGUUUGUGUGAUCACAAAGGGACAAACAAAGUAUUUAAGAAAUCAUCUAGCGCUUAAUCCUUGUACUUAUGUUAGCGAUAAAGUCUAUACCUUCUCCAAGAAGACUGAGGUUUUGCUUCUUGAAGUGACAAUGCCAGACUGUAGAGCCCUUUGA